AUGGUCAAAUCUACAUUAAUAUUCCGUUAUGAUGCACUUCCCUUGUGUGGGUCAGUGGAUGACAAUAACGAUCGUGCAUUGCUAGAUCAGAAAAAGAAAUGCAAAAUCAUAAUUAGCAGAAUAACACCUAACUCUGAACCUCAAGCGACAAUCGAAUCUGGACCGUACAAUAUCCAUUAUUUAAUACAGAAUUCAAUUGUAUAUCUCUGUAUUUGCGAUAAGUCAUAUCCAAGAAAGCUAGCAUUCUCAUAUCUCUCGGAGAUAUCACACGAGUUUUAUAACUCCCAUGGUCAAGAAGCAUUGAGUAGUAUGGCCAGACCAUAUGGUUUUAGUUCUUUUGAUACUUUUUUAAGCAAAACCAAAAAAAUCUAUCAAGAUCAAAGAGCACAAUCAAACAUUGAUAAGUUGAAUAACGAUUUAGCUGACGUUAAAAAGGUUAUGACUAAAAAUAUCGAGGAUUUACUUUAUAGAGGUGAUUCCCUUGAUAAGAUGAGUGACUUAUCUUCAAGUUUAAGAAAUGAUUCCAUUAAGUACAGAAAAAGAGCACAAAGAAUUAAUUUAGAGGCUUUGAUAAGACAAUAUAUACCAGUUGUCGGCAUAUCAUUAUUGUUCCUCUUUCUAAUCUGGUAUAUGUUUCUUAGGUAA